UGAAAAUGUUAUUCAUAUAUAUUAUUCUCAUUUUAUCUAUAUUUAAUGAUUUGUUUUCGAUAACGUAAAGUUUUUUAGAUUAUUGUAAUAUUAUAUGAUAUCCACUACAAGCAAUAAUAAAAGGGCAGUAACUAAAUUAAGUCAUAAAUUAAAAAUCAGAACGAGUAAUUUUCAACAAGAGGUAUUCGGCCUUGUGAAAGGCACAUAUCGAACCCAACCUUGCUUCAAGGUCCGUAACUAAAAUUAAAGCAGGAAAGAAAGAAUUCGUUGUCGAAAUAUGUGUUUACCGACGUCAUGAUCUGAUUUUUUUACAUGUAGGAUAUUCAUAUAAAAGGAGUAAAAAUCUUGAAAGUGUAUCAGUUUUUGUCAGUCAGUUUUAAUACUCGCAACACAGACCUAUUUUUCAAAAUGUUCAAAUUGGUGGUGUUGUCUGCUCUCGUAGCUCUUGCCGUAGCUAAACCAAGCGGUUUGUUAGUAGGUGCUCCUUUGGUAGAAACAUAUAGUGCUCCACUUGUACACACAGUGCCUGCUGCAGUCAGCCACAGUUACAGACAAGACGUCAUCAGCAAACCUCUAGUAGCUACCUACUCCGCUCCAGCUGUAGCUGCCUACUCGGCUCCAGCUGUUGUUGCUCCAUAUGCCGUUCCUGCUGCUGUCAGCUAUAGCCACAGAAGUGAUGUCAUCAGCAAUCCCCUAGUUGGUCACUACAGUGCUCCCCUUUUGGCUUACUCUGCACCUGCCAUUCACGCUUGGUAAUGAGAGGACUGAUCAAGAUUGAUGCUAAUUUUGUACAAUGUUUGGUAUUUAUUAAAAAAUUUAAAAAAAUUUAAAUAAAAGAUAAUUUU